AUGAAAUGUAGCAGAUGUGCGAAUGAAAUAGAGUUGGGCGAUGAUUUGAGCAGGAAAGUAGAGCUAACAGGAGAAGAAAGCUCGGUGAUGCUGUGCCCCCUGUGCAAAGUGUGCUAUAUCUGCUAUACGCAGACAGAAAAUGAGCCAGAGCGCUGCAAGCUGUGCGGAUAUCACUGCCACUCUGAGCACUCCGCAGAGAUAAAGGAGAAAAAAGAGACAAAAGAGCACCAAAAAAAUAACUGUAAAAUAAACACAGUAGAGCCAACAGGAGAAGAGCACUGCAUAAAAUGCACAGAGCUGCACAGCAAAACAUCCUUUGAGGCUCUGCUGGGCCCAGAGAUUCCUGCGCUCGAAAGAUACUCCGAAGAUGCGAGCAAGGAAAUGGCCAGAAGAAUAUCAGAAAUUGUAAAAAAAAAUAGCCCAAGAUCAAAAAGCACAGAAGGAAUAAAAACAGUGUUCCUGGGAGAGGUUGAAAUGUCUCCCCUGUUCUCUUCCCCAUACCCCGAGGAGUACGCCAAGUACCACACUCUCCACAUAUGCCACGGGUGUCUGGACUACUUUCCCACUAAAUACAUGCUGGAGAGACACAAAAUCAAAUGCAGCUCGAUCUAUCCCCCAGGCAGACUGCUGUACCUAGACGCAGAAAGAGUGGCUGUAUUCGAGGUAGAAGGAGAAAAAGAGCAGAAAUACUGCCAGAGUCUUUGUCUGCUGGCUAAAAUGUUUCUGGACCACAAGACACUUUACUACGAUGUCGAGCCGUUUCUUUUCUACAUCAUUGGAGAGAUAAAAGACGGAGACUUUGUGAUGCAGGGAUACUUUUCCAAGGAAAGAGGAGAGGGAAGGAACAAUCUUUCAUGCAUUGUCGUAUUCCCCCCGUACAGAAGGCUGGGGCUUGGCUCGUUUUUGAUCGAUUUCAGCUACUAUCUAACGAGAAAAACAACGCAGCCCCCGUACACCGCAGGGCCCGAACAGCCGCUUUCAGCAGAUGGAGAAAGAGCAUACUUUACCUACUGGUCGAACUGCAUACUGAGAUACGUCAUACACAAAAGACACUUUGUCCCGAGCGAAGGAUGCUUUGAGAACAUAUCUUUGCAGACGGGAGUGUGUAAAGACAGCAUCAAGUGGGUGUACGGGGAACUGAACAAAAGACACAACAAAGAGCUCACGUGCUGCGACUUCAUAAAGAACAGAGACAUCAUAAGAAAAAUCAGAAGAAUGAAAAAAGGAUCGUCAAUGGACCAGAGCGUAGAAAGUAUAGAUAGAAAAGAAGAAAAAGAAGAGACAAACAAACAAAACAUUUAG